AUGUCUACGAAACCCAUAUUAAACUGGCUCCCCUCUCCAUGAUCAAAAGCAUCUGCAGUUUAUGUUUGUUAGGUCAUAGGUUCCUCCAAUUUUAUCUCUAUUGCCUGUAAAGCGAUUCGAGCAGCGAAAUAACUAAGUAGCAUAAAGAAUAAAAUAACAAAGUAGCAUAUGCAUAACACUAAAUUAGAUGCGAAUUUUUUUGUACGAUAGAGCUGUUUUAACAUGGAUUUUUGUAGGACGUGCUUUCUAUGUCCUCAUUUUUUAUCACUUGUAUCAUCAUUCUACCGUGUUUCAGAUAACAUCAAAUCUAUCUAAAUGUAUAUUUGCAUAAAUUGCGGAGCCGAGUGCAAAGAGCUUUUCAGGAGAUACUGCCCCAGUGUCCUCAAAGUUUUGAAAUGUGAGAAAUGCGGCUCGUCAGCUGACAAAUACAUCGAAUACGAUCCUGUUAUAGUCUUCGUAGAUCUGAUUCUGAUAGAAAAAUCAGCUUACAGACAUCUUUUGUACAAUAGCAAUUUUAAAUCAUAUUGGAAAUUGGCUUUAAUAUUGUGGCUAGCCGAGUCGUUCAGAGUUUGGGCUUCCUGCGACACAGGCCUAACGGAAUCAAUUGCGUCGGAAGUGGAAUGGAUUUACAACGACGCGCUGCAAGACUAUUGCAACUUCUAUAAUUCGCUGAUAUAUACGGCGCUCGCCUUCGUAGCGUUCAUUUGUGCAGUCAUUGCAGUAACCGAGUUGAAAUGGUUUAUCGUUGGUCAGAAACCAUAUAAAUACAGCAUAAGAGAUUUAAGCUGCGCUCUAACAAUUGGCAGUUGCGGAAAACUAUUGGGCUUGUUGGGAAUAGUGUGGAGGCAUAUAGCCACAAGUCCGUACUGCCUCCUCAUUCAAGGUUACACCGUCUUGUGCCUGUUAACUGCGUACUCAGUCGUCUGCAAAAGUGGAAAGGGAGGAUCUUUGAUUGGAUUAAUUGCUGGAUUUUUGCUGUACGGUUACAUAUGCACUUCCAUCUCUAUAAAUUGCAUCUAGCUAUUCCCAAUAUCACACUAACGUGACACGAAAUAUUUGAUAAAAUCACAAAACUUUUGAUAUUCAAGCAUCUUUAACGGGAAGAACGCUCCAACCUAAUACUAAUCUAUCGAAGCCGCAAGAAAAUAAAUUACACACACUGUUAUCUUCCAACCAAGCGACUGAACACACCAUUCUACGAUGGCCCUGUAAACGUAAUCGUAUUAAAUAAUUUCUACAUGUAACAAUUAUGAUAUAAUGCGAAAUAGCAAGAUGUAUAUAAAAAUUCAUCUCAUAUUUUUUCUCAUUUGAAAAAAUAAAAAGCCUGAUGUGUGAUC